UUUACGUAUCCAUCCUUUCUGUUUUCCUUGCGGUUAUGAAGAUGCACUAGAGCAAGAACUAUGGAACCACUAAGAUUCAUCCGAGUCUUCAUUGAUUUAUUUUUAUUUUUUGUUAUUUUGUCGAAUUGCGAGGCACACGAUUCAGACUCCAGUUACGUUACAUGUGGAUCUCUGGUUAAACUGCUCAACACGCGACACAACGUCAGGUUACACUCGCAUGAUGUUAAAUACGGUUCAGGUAGCGGGCAGCAAUCUGUGACGGGUGUCGAGAGUGCGGACGAUGCUAACAGCUACUGGCGUAUCCGCGGUAAACCGAAUAGCCCUUGCCAACGAGGGGCGCUAAUCAAAUGUGGCCAGUCUAUCAGGAUUACACACAUGAAGACUGGCCGCAACCUUCACACACACCAUUUCAGCUCGCCUUUGUCUAACAACCAGGAAGUAAGUGCGUUCGGAGAGAACGGAGAAGGUGAUGACUUGGACAUUUGGUCGGUCCAGUGUCCCGGGACACACUGGGAACGGGAUGAUGCCGUCCGCUUUAAACAUGUGGGCACGGAUGUUUUCCUGAGCGUUACCGGAGAGCAGUAUGGCCAUCCCAUCAGAGGCCAGCGUGAGGUGCAUGGCAUGCCCUCGCCCAGUCCACAUAACUACUGGAAGGUCAUGGAGGGUGUGUUCAUCCAGCCCAGCAGCGAGCCCACACGCCAUGACGAGCUCUAACGACGGUGAUGUCACCGGGUUAAGCCCUGCCCCCUCUCUCCGUCCACCGAGGGCUACUGGAGCUUGUUCACGUUGAUCAGACUGUGCAGCCUGCUACUCAGCUUCUCAGGGUGGAAAAGACAUCUUUGCUGUGCUUCACUCCAGACUUAGUCUCGUCAUCAGUCAGCGCUGGCAGUGAGUACUCCACAACAGCAGGUGGUGCUGUCGUGCCAGCCUUUAGUGGCCAAAAGAAGAAGAAGUUCGACUACUUAAAAAUGGCCACCGAAUACCUUGGUGUUCCCCAAAUUCUCACUGUAGAAAGUGGUGGGGAAAACCUUGGAUGUUUUUCUUCUCCCUGUCUGAUCGCUAGCUGAGCUACUGGCUGCAAAGUCUGAUACAACUAAAUGAUCCCAGUACAUGUCGACCUCCUGUGUGUCACCUAAGGUCAAAUGCUCAUCCCUCCUCUGGAGAUGUCACCUAGCCCCAAAAAGGCCCUUGGUCAGGAUUUAUCAAAAGUACCUUAAUUUAGUUGUUUGGUUUUUUUCUUCAUUCUGUCAUUCAUUGAUUUAUGGCAUCUCUUUGUUGUUGUUGUUGUUGUUGUUGUCGUCAUCUUCAAAGGGUUUUUUUUCCUGCUUUUGGACCACAAAACUCACACUCAGUUUCUACGUUUCAAUUUGUUUGUAAUUGGUUUCUCUUUUGUAAAUAUGAAUGUAACUGCUGAAUAGUGAAAUGUGUCUGUUCUAUAAGGGGCAUUCUCCUCAAUGGGAUCAACGGCGUGGCAGAUGCGUUGUCCUGGUUUGAUUUUUUUUUUUCUUUUCUUUUUUUUUUAAUUGUUGGUUUGUUUUUAAUGUUGGUUUGUUUUUUGUCUUUUUUUUUCAGGACUGUUGCUUGCUUUAUGAAGGACUGAACAGCUAGUACUGUAUUUUCUAUAUUUAAAAUCCCCUUUCAGUUAAAAUUAGAGAUUUUUUUUUUUCUGCACAGACAAAACUGUUUGGUAAUGAUUCAUUUGAAGAAUGGUCUCAAUAAAUCUAAAUUAUGUUAGGGUC